UCUCACUGCUAACACAAGCAGAACCAGUUCUCCCCAGUCUCUCUCUUACUCAGCACACACUUUCUAGCUGCAAAAGAUCAUGCUCCUGUGUGUGUAUAUUAUACUCCUAGCUGCAGAUCUGGGCUCUGAUGCUGUGGUUAGUGGCUCAGUGGAGAAGACAGCGGCCCCAGAGAGCUGCUACCAGAUGAAGCUGAAACCUGCUGGCCAGUGCGGAAAUGAAGAUGAGUGCCCUUACCAGAUCACCGUUCCACCUCUCACCAUCCAACUGCCCAAGCAGUUCCAGCUGCUGAAGAAGGCCAUGAUGGAUUUGCAGAGCAUGAAGGAGACAGUGAGGCAACUGAAAAGUGCCUGUCUAAGCUGCAGCCUUCAAAGGGACAGCUCAGAUACACAGAACAGGGGAGAUGGAGGAACAAUCACACCCAGAAAUCAGAAUUCAAGUGAUGCUUUCCAAGAGCUGCAAGGGAAGAUAACCAAGAUGUCCACCAGCUUGAAGAACGCUCAUACACGGAUUAAAGACCUACAAGGACAGGUGGAGCAGCUCAGCCACCUUAACACAAAGAAUGUUAAAGAAAUGAUGGGCCAAAAGGCUGACAACAACAGUAGCUGCAUGACUGAGUGCCCUGCAGAAAAUGCACCAAUACACAUCAUAGCACCCAGAGACUGCUCAGACUACAGUGUCAUGAAGAAGAUGAAGAAUGGAGUCUAUAAAGUUACCCCUGAUUACAGAAAUAAGACCUUCGAGGUUCUCUGUGAGAUGGAGUCCAAUGGUGGUGGCUGGACGGUUAUACAGCACCGAAUCAAUGGCAGUGUGAACUUCAAUCGCACCUGGGCUGAAUAUAAGAAUGGCUUUGGGGACUUGCGUGGGGAUUUUUGGCUUGGAAAUGAUCAUAUCCAUCUGCUCACCAGGACCAAGGACAUGGUGCUGCGAAUUGAGCUUGAGGACUUGUAUGGUGUGCGAGAGUAUGCAAAGUACGACCAAUUUUAUGUAGCAAACGAAUUCCUUAAAUACCGCCUGUACAUAAGUAAAUACUUAGGGACUGCUGGUGAUGCCCUGCAUAUCGACAAGGACUACAAUCAUGAUCAGAUGUUUUUCACCACAUGGGACAGGGACAAUGAUUUGUACUCAUCUGGAAACUGCGGCGCUUACUAUGGAUCAGGCUGGUGGUUCAAUGCCUGUAUGUCGGCUAACCUCAAUGGCAAAUACUACAACAAGAGGUACACAGGGAAGCGAAAUGGCAUCUUCUGGAGCACAUGGCCCAACACACCCAAGGAUCAGUUCCUGACCAACAACAGAUAUCCCUUCAAAACUGUCAAGAUGAUGAUAAGGCCAAAGAACUAUGCCCCAUAAGUUAAUAAGAGCAUUAGUACAGAAAAUUACUGUUAGAUAAUUAAGCAUUCUAUGUUUAAAAUACUUGUUCAUCACAAUUCAUUUUAAAAAUGAGAAAUGAACACAAAAAAUUACAAAAAAAAAAAAAAAAAAAAAUCACAAAUCCAUCCACUGUGUAAUACUGCCAUCUACGUACCAUGCAAAUAGAACAAGAUCAAUUUCUUGUACAGCUUUGGGUAAAAUCCUAGACAUCCAUAAUAAUAUUUUUUUUCUUAGAAAUUCCCUUAAAUAACAUCACUGUAAAAUUUGAUUAUAGCAAAAACAAUAUGUUUGGUUCUUUUUUAAACUGCAUUAAGCAUAAAAUAUUCAUGAAGAUAAAUGUUUAAUAACUUGAAAAAUGUAACGUUCCUAAAACUUUUGCAUACUCCAUAUGUGUCAUUAAAUUUGCUUAAAGGGAACUGACACUAAAAAAAGUCAGCAUAUCAAGUUUUUUUCAUACUUACAAAUGAACAUUUUUUUAUAUUAACAAAAACUGUAUGUGAAAUUUGAAUAUGUUCAUAAGUAUAAAUAUGUAUGCCAACUUCAAUUCAAAUAAAUGAAUUGAAAAAAAAAAGAUGAAUGUAGCUGCAUAGUGUUUGUAUGCUCUGAUACUCAUUUUACAUACACAUGGGGAAACAAAAUAAACACAAAUACACACCAGUUA